AUGGAAAACUGCACCGGGGUAAGAGAGUUUGUCUUCCUUGGCCUAACCCAGGAUCCAGACGCGAGCGGGCUCCUGUUUCUCCUCCUGCUCCUGGUGUACGUCACAACCCUGCUGGGAAACCUCCUCAUCAUGGUGACCGUGACCUGUGACUCUCACCUCCACACCCCCAUGUACUUGCUGCUCCACAAUCUCUCUGUCUUGGACAUCUGCUUCUCCUCCAUCACGGCUCCCAACGUCCUCAUAGACCUUCUUUCCUGGAAAAAGGCCAUCUCCUUCAAUGGAUGCAUCACCCAGAUGUUCUUCUUCCACCUGCUGGGGGGAGCAGAUGUGUUUUCUCUCUCCGUCAUGGCCUUGGAUCGGUACGUGGCCAUCUCCAGGCCCCUGCACUACGUGACCAUCAUGAGCAGGGGGCGCUGCUCAGCCCUCAUCGCGGCCUCCUGGCUGGGGGGCUUUGUCCACUCCAUCGUGCAGAUUUCCCUCUUGCUCCCUCUCCCCUUCAGAGAGAGAGAGAGAGAGAGAGAGAGAGAGAGAGAUCAUGCCCAUGCUUUGCAGGACUCCACAAUGUGA